AAAGCUUUGGCUCCUCUCGCCUGAGACGGAUUGACGGAUUUUACCGGACCCGUGGACUCGUCCAUCACUCCGGUCCUGCUGCUGUCGUCCCUGGUGGAGUCAACGCCACGCCGAGGAUCACCAGGCAGGCAGGCCACCUGAAAUCUAGGUGCUUGCGGGGAAAACAACGAGACUAACGGGAAGUCACUCGAACAUUGGGGCUUUUAUUUUGGUAGCUGAGUCCCGGUCCCGGAAGUGCUGUCGCCUCCGUUGUUAGGCAACUUCCCAGUCGCCCGGGGCUUGUUCUCUUUCUGCAGGAGCGUCCGGGAGCGGGCGGUUGUCGCGUUGGCACAGUUGUGAGCGACGCAUCAAGAUGCUUCCCGGGCUCCUCGCCGUGGUCCUGUCCGUGCUCAGCGUCGCCGAGAGCAAACAGAAAGACUUGUACAGCUUCAAAGUGGUGAACAGCAGAGGGAAGUUAGUGUCCCUGGAGAAGUACCGGGGCUCGGUGUCCCUGGUGGUGAAUGUAGCCAGUGAAUGUGGCUUCACCGAGGAACACUACAAAGACCUGCAGCAGCUCCAGCGGGACUUUGGGCCGUAUCACUUCAAUGUGCUGGGAUUCCCCUGCAACCAGUUUGGGAAGCAGGAGCCCGGCAGCGACAAGGAGAUCGACAGCUUUGUGCGCAGAGUCUACGGGGUCUCCUUCCCCCUGUUCAGCAAAAUCGCUGUCAUCGGAACUGGCGCCAACAAUGUCUACAAGUACCUCGUUGAGGCCUCUGGAAAAGAGCCUGACUGGAACUUCUGGAAGUAUCUAAUUGACAUGAAUGGCAAAGUGGUGGACGCAUGGGGACCAAAAGUGUCUGUCAAAGAAGUCCGACCAAAAAUAGCUGAGAUGGUGCGGCAGAUAAUCCUGAAGAAGAAAGAAGAGCUUUAACCCCUCGUUCCAAGAAAUUCACUACACAGUGUUUUGCGGAAUGAGUAUAAAAUUCAUCAGGUUGCAACGAGCGGAGGGACAAGCUGACGUUGUUCGGAUAAACCAUUCAAUUCCAUUCACAUAGCGAAAGCAAAUUCUACUUGCUCUCUGAAAGCACUGAUGAGACGCCACUAUGUUUCUUAAAUUCAACGUCAAGUUUUGUAUAAUGUGUGUGACAUUUGAAGCUGCAGUUUUAAGCCAAAGAGCUCCUGUUUCCCUGUUUGUUAGUGGUGUGUGGAUCAUAUUUUCUGAUUUGUGUAAUAAACGUUUGCUGUGAUGAGUGA